CUCUGGCCAAGCCCACUUCUUGAAAGGGAUAAAAGGCAAGGACAGUCCCAGGAGAGCUAGGCUUUGAAGACUCUUCGUUCCUUUGACAUUUUUGCUCCUCUACCCUCUAGCACCAGCUCCCACCAUGACCCAGCGAUCCUCUAUGACCAUCAAGUCAGGGGGCACAAGGAACUUCAGUGCUUCCUCAGCCAGCCUCCUCCCAGGCUGCCGGCCAGGGUUCAGCUCUGUCUCUGUGUCCCAGAGUGGGAAAAGCUUUGGGAGUGGCUUUGGGGGUGGUUUUGGGACAAGGAGUCUUCACAGCUUUGGGGGUAGCAAGAGAAUCUCUGUUAGUGGGGGCUACCGCUCCAGCCGGACCAGCUUUGGGGGUGCUGGCUGUGGGCUAGGUGGUGGCAUAGGGUAUAGAAUUGGGGGAGCUUAUGGCGGGUAUGGAUUUGGAGGUGGGAUGAUGCCUGGAGCUGGGGGCAUCCAUGAAGUCACUGUCAAUCAGAGUCUCCUGACGCCCCUGCACCUGGAGAUUGAUCCUUCUCUACAGCGGGUGCGCAAGGAAGAGAAGGAGCAGAUUAAGACCCUCAACAACAAGUUUGCCUCUUUCAUCGACAAGGUGCGGUUCCUGGAACAGCAGAACAAAGUCCUGGAAACCAAAUGGAGCCUCCUGCAAGACCACAAAACAACUAGGGCCAAUCUUGAGCCCAUGUUUGAAGCCUACAUCACCAGCCUGAGGCGGCAGCUGGACAGCCUGGGUGGAGAGCGGGGCAGGCUGGAGACAGAGCUGAAGAACAUGCAGGAUGUGGUGGAGGACUUCAAGAACAAGUACGAAGAAGAAAUCAACAGACGCACAGUGGCGGAGAAUGAAUUUGUGGUGCUCAAGAAGGAUGUAGAUGCCGCCUACAUGAGCAAAGUGGAGCUGGAGGCCAAGAUGGACGCCCUGGUGGACGAGAUCAACUUCCUGAGAGCUUUCUACGAGGCGGAGCUGGCUCAGCUUCAGGCUCAGAUCUCUGAGACCUCUGUGGUUCUCUCCAUGGACAACAACCGCAACCUGGACCUGGACAGCAUCAUCGCUGAGGUCAAGGCCCAAUAUGAAGACAUUGCCAACCGCAGUCGGGCAGAAGCUGAGUCCUGGUAUCAGACCAAGUAUGAAGAGCUGCAGCGGUCUGCCGGCCGACACGGGGAUGACCUCCGCACCACCAAGAUGGAGAUCUCUGAACUGAACCGGGCCACGCAGAGGCUACGCUCUGAGAUUGAUAACCUAAAGAAGCAGUGUGCCUCACUCCAAGCCACCAUAGCUGAUGCUGAGCAGCGAGGGGAGAUGGCGCUCAAGGAUGCCAAGAACAAGCUAGCAGAGCUAGAGGAGGCCCUGCAGAAGGCCAAGCAGGACAUGGCCCGCCAGCUGCGUGAGUACCAGGAGCUGAUGAACGUCAAGCUGGCCCUGGACAUUGAGAUCGCCACCUACCGCAAGCUGCUGGAGGGUGAAGAGUGCAGACUCACUGGAGAAGGCGUUGGAUCCGUGAACAUCUCUGUGGUCUCUUCCUCUGGAGGCACAGGCUACAGUGGCGGUGGUGGCCUCUGUGUGGGUGGGGGUAGCUACAGUAGUGGCGGUUACAGUGGCAGUGGUGGCCUCUGCCACAGUGGCGGGAGCAGUGGCUUCAGCUCCACCAGCGGUCGCAGCAUCAGUGGCAGCAGCUCCAGCAUGCGUAUCAUCUCUAAGACAUCAUCUUCCAAGAAGAGUUACAGGAGCUAA